AUGCCGGGCAAUGUUACCAGUAAUUGUGCCUGCAACAUUCAAGCUCCGCGUAUGCCAGCCACGGCCCUGGUCCCCUUCGUCAAGCAGCCAUAUGGCUUUGAUCGCUUUGCACAGAAGGAUCAAAACAGCAAGGAGAACGGAUUGCGCAUUCCCCAUAUGUUUUUCAAUCAAUAUGAAGCAAAUGAUGAGAGCGACGGGUUCACAGUCUCGAUCAGGAACGGGUCAGACAUCGUCGUUGAGAAAAUUCGCCAACGGGAAACCCAGGAGAUUCCGGGGCCGGUUGUUUACGGACCAAAGACGUCCGCAGAGGUCAGUAGCGGCAUAGUUUCCGUCCUCGAGAGGUAUCGAAUGGCGCCGAAAGAACACGCUCAUGAACCAUGGGAAGCUAAAGGAAAAAUCUCACGCCUUGUUGAGGAGCACGUAGAGGUCGGGAGGGUUAUUCCGAUGGUUCUCCCAGCGUUCCCAUUCAAGUCACCGAAUAAAAAGUUCAAGGUGCUCGGCCACCUUCCUGAUAAGGGGGAGGAGGUAGCCUUGGCGCAUCUGAAUGGACUCUGCGAGCUGAUCAAAGAGGAGUAUAAACCAGGCGCUAAGAUAGAUAUCGUCUCUGAUGGAUUAAUGUACAGCGAUCUGUUAGGGAUUUCCGACGAACAAGUGUGGGCCUACGGCCAAUCCCUCAGAAAACUUGCUGUUGAUACAGGAUGCAACAAUAUCAGUUUCAUUCGCCUCGUGCACCUCCUUGGAGAAUGCGAAGUUGGAGAGCCGUUAUCCGAAGAACAAUAUUUGAAAGAUGCACCUUGGUUUCGAACCCAGCUCCUCGAAAGAAAUAUCCCCGAUAACUUCGAUGUCUCCAAACACAUAUCAUUGGAUCCUGACACGACCAUGACCUACCGCGGAUACAUCAAAUUUCUCGAGAAGGAUCUCGACGACAGCAGCAAUAUUCAUGACGCGUCUAUCUCAAAACGACAGAUAAAAAAACGUCACGAAGAAACUGCACGAAAAAUGAUCAUACGCGGACGGGCAUUUGCAAUUGCUAUCGCAAAGAGAUUCGACAAAUCGAUUCGAUUGUCAAUCCAUCCAUCUACGGAGUCAGCGAAGAUAUCCAUAGCGAUAACACCAAUUAAAGACGGGAUAAUUAUGACACCAUGGCACUCCUCUCUUGUCCGUGCAGUGGAUGGAUCCAUCCGGAUGGCACAUGCUGGCACAGUACCGGCCUUCACACACGAGUUAAUUUUCGAGAACGACCGCCCUUCCUACUUCAGGGAGAAAUCGUCUCUUUACGACCUGGGCAGCGUCGAUGUCGACUUUCAAUACACCUACCCCACCGGAAUCACCAUUUCUCCACGAAGCAAAUCAUGCAGGAACCACCUCAGUCGAGUCAACAUGCGGAAGGUCAGAGUAUUGGCAGAGCUCUGUUCACCAGUAGUUUUAAGAGGUUGGUUAGAUACGCCGUGUCAAAACUGCUGUUGUGAACCGGAAGUUGGAAACCGAACAUGUUCGGGUGGACAUGGUAUUAUUCGUGUGGUGGAAUUCUGUGACGGAACAGCUCCUGGAAUGAACGGUUUCCUCAGAAAUCUACCACAAGCAGACCAAUAUGAAGUCAGCAAUUUUGGAGACUUCAACAGCGGGGGUUGUGCCCAAUGCGGCCAUACGCUUCGCCUUCUGAACGGAUAUAUGGAGUAUCAAUCAGGAAUGCCCCAGUCCAUGGGCAACAAGUCUGUCGUUGGAUGCAUGAGUCAUGGUCUCAGAGUACCCCAACAGCAACCGGACUAUAAAGUUCAAAAUAAACUGCUAAAUAAGAUUGCGACUCCACUAAAACCUCAUGCAGGAUGGAAAAUGCUUAAGGAAUGGUCUGACAUGUGCACUGUCAUUUAA